AAUAUCACACUGGCUGUGAUUCCUGUUUACUCACUGUUACUGUACUUGAAAAAUUGUACAUUUAUGUUGUGACUCUGAAUAUAUGCAACUCUCAAACAGUUUUCUAGGCUUAAAUAUUCUCAAGGAAAAAUGUUUUCUUGAUCUGGUAAAAAUAUUUUCUUGUUCUUCUGCAGUUGUUUUUUUCACUCAUAAACUGAAGAUUUGAUUCAUUUGGACAGAAGAAUGCUUGUGUUCAUUGUACAGAAAGACUCGUACUUUAAAUCUUUAGGAAGCUAGAUGUAAAGUUGUUUUGUAUGGAUCUAUGCUUCGAGACAGCAGAAGUUGUUCUGUUUACAGAAUGAAUAUCAGUACUGUUCAUUUGCUGAAGUCUACCUCACUUGUCCUUAUUAUUCUGCUGUUGAAGCAUUUGCAAAUACUGAUGUUUGAGUUUGAGAACAAAAGUGAUCUUGAGAGUGGAGCGGUGAUGGGAGGGUUGGAAGAUCUGCUUGUCGAAACAGAGAAUAGUGGCUUUACUCCACAGGAAAAGGAAGAAGGAAACGGCUCACUUUGCAAACACGGUGACGCCUAAAGACCUUUGACUCGGUGAACUCAACAGACCGAGCACACGAGCACACAGAAUCACAUCAGUCCCGUUCUCUCACCAACAACAUGUUCCCAGCUCUGCUCUAGUACUUUUAUGGGACAGAAGUUUCAGGACACAAGCGUUUCUUUCAGGAAGUUAUGAGAGCUGAUUCUCUCCUCCAUGCAGGCGACAUGGACCCACGACUGCAGCCGUUCAUUCGGACCCUCCUGCUUUUGCAUGUCUGCUGGCUCUGGAGUGUCCAGUGUUUGUCCGUCCGCUUCACAAACCAGCAGUCUGUGUAUGUGAUCAGAAGCCAGAAUCUGAUCCUGCAGGCACAGAUCGAGCUGCUGGAGGGUGAACGUGUGGCUAAAGUGACAUGGGAGCACAGUGCAAAGACUUCUGGGAAGAGUUCAACAGUGGCGGAGUUUCCUCAUAACGUGAUGGGAGAUUGGAGAGUGACGUUGGAGGAGCAGGGAUCCAUGCUGAAGAUCAAGGAUUUUCAGGCAGAGGACGGCGGCGUUUAUACGGUCACUGUUACUGACCAAUCAGGACAGAGACGCUCUGCACAGCAAACCAUUCAGGAGUAUCUGGCGGUGAAUCACGUGUCAGUGAUGGUGAAUGUGUCUCACUCCGUUCUUCACUGUAUGGAGGCCUGGGGAACUGAACCCUCCUUCUCUUGGCUUCAUGAGAAAGUGGCCGUGACGGAGAAAGUGGGCCACGUUUCGGCAGAUGGAACGUCUCUGAUCGUCUCCAGCACCUUCUGCGGACAUUUCACCUGCGUGGUGAGCAACAAACUGGGACACAGUUCAGCCACAUACACCGCAGAGCCGUGUGAAAGCACAAACAGGAGCACGAGUGCUGUCGUUGUGUUUCUCCUGCUGCUGCUGCUGCUGCUCAUAGCCUCGUCUCUGGCCUUUCUAAUGUGGAGGAGAUACAAGCAUGGACAGAACAGAAGGGAGAGACUGAGAGAGCCGUAUGAAGAGGAUCUGUGAGCGACAGGACCGACUCAAACAAACACUGACCAAAGCUGAUGGACCGCCGGUCACUUGAAGCUUUCAGAAUACGCGUUUAUACUUUAUUGAUCCAUGCUUUAGAUGGUUUUGUAUCAUAUUAGAUAUUUAUUGACAAACAUAUUUAUAUAACCAAAUUAGAGUAGCAUCACCAGGAUGCGUCAUUCUGACAUUAAUAUGAUGGCCACUAACAUAUCAAUAAAUUGAGAAA